AUGAUCAUACCACCGAGGAGGUUAAAGCGUGACAUGUUGGACACAGACUUGGUGUAUAUUGAAAAAUCUCCAAAUUAUUGUGAUGAAGACCCAGUGACUGGUAGCGUUGGGACACAAGGUCGCAUGUGCAACAAGACAGCUCAACACGUCAGUGGUUGUGACUUAAUGUGCUGUGGGAGAGGGUACAAUACACACCAAUACUCCCGGGUGUGGCAAUGUAACUGUAAAUUCCACUGGUGCUGUUAUGUGAAAUGUAACACAUGCAGUGAACGAACAGAGGUGUUUACCUGUAAAUGA